AUGCUUUCAGUUGCACUGAUGUUGGGCCUGUUAUACUUCACCAGCCAAGAACCCAUAGAGAGUUUAGAAGACAUCCUCGCUUAUCCCAUGGAACCGGCUACGAAACCUAAGCGCCAAAUUGAAACCGAAGGUGCUAAAAGCAAGCAGGCGAAAUUUGUCGAAUUCGUCGAAGAAAAACUGAUUCAGCACACCCAAGCGUUGGAACACGUACUAAAAACGGCGACCAACGUCGAAGACCUGAUAAAAGAGUUGAUCCACCAUUUCAGUAAGAAUAUGGAAAAGCCGAAGUUGCCUGAAAAAGUUGAGGUACAUCAGACGAGGAGGCGAAACGCGGAGAAUGAGACCGAAAAUCCGAUAAUUAAGUUCGGGAAAGGUUUCCCAACAUACGGGACGUUGUUCAAAGAUAUGAUAAUGAGGGCGUUCGAAAGAGACGACGCGCCGACACCGCUCGUUGAGAAACACAAAUCUACCAAAGAGUCUCGUCGGUCAUUUGGCGGGAGACCUAUUGUAGUUCCAAGCACAGACGAUAACGGCCCGAGUCCUUGGUGUUCAAUAGCGGUUCUUUGCCACAGAACAUAUAACCCCGUUUGUGGUUAUGACGACAACUUUGGCUAUGGAAAAUUCGAUGACAUCUGCCACAUGCUCCAAGUUAACUGCUAUUGGAAGUACAAUUUUGCUCUCGUACCAUCCUGCAGGCCUGUGUUGUAA